AUGGCCACUUGUGCCACAUGCCACAAUUCAGACCAUCUAGUGGAUAAUUGUCCAGACCUACAUGAAUUUCAAGAGUCUAGAGUUGAACAGGCUAAUGCUUUGUAUCAUAAGCAAGAGAACAAUCCUUAUUCGCAUACCUACAACCCAAGGUGGAGAAAUCACCCUAACUUUUCGUGGUCUAAAGGGCCUAUACAAGGGGGUACAACUAGUAAUAAUCAAGGAUACUCAUAUCCCAGAAACCCCCAAGUGCAAUCACACACUCAGUACCCUGUAGACAAAAAGCCUAGCUUUGAAGAUAGUGUCGGUCUGUUGACCCAAAAUCUUUUGCAACUUCAAAAGACCACAGACCAACGUUUCACAAGUCUAGAACUUAAAAUGGGACAAAUCUGUGAUGCACUAAAUGAGAGAGAAAAGGGUAAACUCCCUAGUCAACCUCAACAUAUUCAGAAAAGUGCAUUUCAGGCAAGCACGUCAGCUUGCGAUGAGACCUCACAUAAUCAAGUGAAUGUUGUCACUACUCUUCAUAGUGGUAAGGUUGUUGAGAAUAAUGUAGGUGUACCACAGUCAAAAGAGUCUAAUUCAAACUUAAAAAUGCACACUACACCACAUAAAACAUCUAGUGUAGAAAAAGAAUCUGAGCAAGAUAGUGACUCUAAGAAUUCUACUGAUGUUAAUGUUCCAAUACCAUCGUCUGUGCCUGUGGCCCCAUUUCCUCAAAGGUUGGUGCAACAAAAGAAAGGUACCCAAUACCAUGACAUGUUGGAAAUGUUUAAACGAGUCAAUAUAAAUAUUCCUUUUCUCGAAGUAAUCCAGCAGAUACCAGCUUAUGCUAAAUUCUUGAAAGAUCUAUGCACACAAAAGCGAAAGCUUCAUGUGCAUAAGCGUGCCUUUUUCACUGAGCAGGUGAGUUCAACUAUUCAAAACAAAACCCCACCUAAGUUUAAAGACCCAGGUAGUCCAACUAUCUCUUGCACUAUAGGCGAUCAUACGAUCGAAAAGGAUUUGUUAGACUUGGGUGCUAGUGUGAACUUAUUACCAUAUUCUGUAUAUGUGCAGUUAGGUCUUGGGGAGAUGAAACCCACUCCUGUUACACUACAAUUAGCGGAAAGAUAUGUAAAAAUCCCUCGGGGUAUUGUUGAAGAUGUGUUAAUCAAGGUUGAUAAAUUUUACUUCCCUGUGGACUUUAUUGUGUUAGACACUCAACAUGUACAAAACCCAGAUUGUCAUAUUCCGGUCAUUUUAGGACGUCCCUUCUUGGAAACGUCCAAUGGUAUCAUAAAUUGUCGUAGCGGAAUAUUGAAUUUUUCUUUUGGCAACAUGACUGUGGAAUUGAAUAUGUUUCAUGUUAACCAUCUACCCAUGGAUUUUAAUAAUAAUGAAUUGCAUAAGAUUAACAUGAUUGAGAGUCUGAUUCAAGACUCAUUGCCUGACAUCUUAUUUGUGGACCCUUUGCAAGCAUGUUUAGAUAACUUUGACUUAGAUCUUUUUGAUUAUGAGUACAUUAGUGAAGUUAACUCUUUGCUUGAAUCUGUAGCACCCAUGGAUAUUGCUAAAUGGCAGAUUGCAGUGGAUCCCCUUCCACUCCCUGAUUCCAAGUCUGGACCAUCUCUUGUCGAACCACCUAAGCAUGAUUUGAAAUCAUUGCAUGACACUUUGAAAUAUGCAUUCUUAGGUUCUUAUGAUACUUUGCCUGUUAUUAUUGCAUCAUGUUUAGACAUAGAAUAG